CCCAACUCUUGAAGGUAGGGGACCUUUACACCUAUCGCGAGACUGUGAUCCGCGCGCUUCUAGCUUCUAGUUGCCAGGGCAACAGCGUUCUUUGAGGCAGCUGGAGGCCGCUGAUUCUUUCAUCUUCACAGAGGAGGCGGUGGCGGGAAAAACCGGUCCCCUUCGAAGGGAAGUGGAUGACGCUCGAAUGUCAGUGGAGCCAGUCAGUGCCUAGGCGUCCAGCCUUCAUCCCCACCGAGAAGUUGAGGGACCGCACAGACCACGGGCAGAGGAUGUCAAUGGAUAUUAUAAAGGGAAACCUAGAUGGAAUUUCAAAACCAGCCUCAAGUUCAAGAUCACGUCCUGGGAGCCGGAGUUCAAAUGGUUCUCUGGAGGUGCUCUCGCCAGAGCCAGGGCCUGUCAAGAUUGACAUGGUAAGCAAGUUGAAUUCUGGCAAAGAGGGCCACACAUCCAACAGCGGUGUGGAAGAAAGAGGGAAGAGUAACGGUGAUAAGUGGGCAGACGACUCGAAGACGAAGCCAGUCAAGGAGAGCUCAGAUGAAGACCCGGACCUGCCUCAACCUCAGGCGACCCCCGAGUGUUCAGAUGAUCCCAAAUUAGAAGAGACGAAUGUUGUACUUCAAAAGGCUAUUCGUAAGAUGCACAGACUCGACAAGAUAUUGGCCAAAAAACAAUGUAGAGAAAAGGAAGUUAAAAAACAAGGUCUAGAAAUGAGAAUCAAGCUGUGGGAAGAGCUCAAGUCUGCAAAAAACAUUGAAGACUUAGAGAAUGACGAGGAGUUGGGAAACACUAAAAAGUUUUUGAGCUUGACUUCAAAAUCUCCAGGGACAGAAGCUGUAGAGGCAUUGCACUGUGAGUUCGAAGACGCCCUUUUCUCAGUGUUUCAUACUCAGAUUCCUCCAGAAACUUAUGAAAAUCACAUGGAGAAGGAUUUUACCUGUGAUGUGGAGAAAAAUGAGCCAUUGAUCAGAACAGAAGAGCAACCGUUUCCAAACACAGAAGCGAUGGAGCCUAGAAGGGAACACAGCCAGGGUGUCAUCAGGCAGAGCACUGAACACAGCCAGGAUUUUAUUAAGCGGAACAUUGAGUUGGCCAAGCAUUCAAGAAGCCCAGUGGUUAUGGUUGAAGCAGAGAAGAGCAGGUUGGAUGAGCUCCUGCAAGGUUUGGAUGAUGCAGAUUCGGGACUGUCCAGUUCCGAGGGCGAUCAGUGUGGUUGGCUGGUUCCAGGAGAAGGCUACACCCUUGCAGCCACCGAGUCUCAGCAGCUUGCUGAGAUUGACAUAAAGCUUCAGGAACUCUCUGUAGACUCUCCCACCGUCUUCAACCUUGGAAGUCAGAGUGAUAAGGGUAAUAUGGAAAAAGAUGCUGAUGAAGAAGGAGAUACGGAACCAACUCCAGGAGAAAAGAUACUCCGGGACAGCAAAGAGCAAAGGGACCGGGAGUCUCGGCUGAGAGCCAUCGAUGGGAAGCUGAAAGAGAUGAGUGAACAGAUAAACUCCCCAUCACGUCUUUCUGAGGAACAGCUGAAGUGCCUUCUGGAUGAGUGUGUAUCCAAACAGAAAUGCAUUGCUCUUGGUCUUUCUUCUGAAAAAGAAAACAAAGAUACUGAUACAGCACUUGGGUCCCCACAGUGUUUCCCAUCCACCCGCUGUGAGUUACCAGAAGAGUCUGGAGCCAAGGUCCAGAAAGCCCAGCUAGAUGACGCAGACAGGCAUGAGGAUGAGGGAUGUGCGUAUUCCGCAGACUCCUAUCUUACUAAAGCCUUGACUGGGCACUACAAACCAGAAGCUCUCCUCAUCGAAGUAGAGAGCAUGAGGCACCUCCCGUUCUCCAGGGAGGAGGCUUUUAACGAUGCAGCAGACUAUUUUAUGUCAAAGACCAUUGGCAUUGGGAGACUGAAAAAGCCUCCUUUCUUGGAUGAUCCCCUGGACGACGUCAACGUGAACUCCUUCUCCGAUGACCAACAGCCAAAAAUCAGCCUUGCAGAGAAAUCAAUAGCAGAUCAACAGGAGACUGAAGAUGCUGUCAAGGAACCAGGAGAAUGGGAAGCAUGAAUAUCUAGGGUUUAAGCUUAAGAAAGUUGAAAAUUAAUUUGCAUGAUAUAUUUUUUCUUAGUUCUUUGUAUCCACUGAA